AAGUGUAUAAAAUCUUAAUUGUCAACAUCAUUGUUACAGACUUCGAUGAAGGCUAUGUAGCUUCACGUAAAACAUAUUUAAGCGAGUCGUAGAGAAAUGCAGAGGUACUGGAUACGAUUAACUAAAUUUGGAAUAGGAUUCAUUUCAAUUGUAUUGCUCAGCCUUUUUAUAUGGAAACAAGUUGAUAUUAAGCGGAGCAAAAAAGAUCAUCAACUCCAAGAUUAUUUUGAAUUGCCAGAGUUUGACAGUGUUCCUCUAGAUAUCGAUAAUGAAGAAUGGCUUCUGCGCGAAAUCAGCGAAACGGUUCCAGGUAGGCUGGUUUGUCUGAGAAGAAAACCGAAAAUUCGUGAAUUAGGAAAAAUAGUUGAAGGUGAAUCGAAGGUUUCAAUAAAAAUCAAGGCUUUCACCGGAUCUGAAAUUGUUGUGGAAGAUGAACUCAGGCGAAAUUCGGAAAAAAAGGCUUCUAUCUCAAGUCUUUCGCCAACUAGACCGAUCGGAUGUUGCCCACCAGGUGAUCCCCAUGGAAUAGUAUAUCGACCAGGAUCAGCGUGCUGUAACGAUGUCAUUUACAAUGUAUCUUCUCACUUCUGCUGUAUAUUCCAAUCUAAAGUCAUGAAAUUGCACCCUAAUGACCUCGAUUCCUGUUACUCUCCCAAAGAAGCGGCACUGAAUUCAGGUUGCCACGUCUCCGACCUUGAUCUUGGUUCUAAACAUCCAAUGUCAUAUGAAUGUCAAGGGGAUCAUGAUGCCACACCCAACUCAUGUGAUUUUAUCUGUCCGGAGGGAAGUCGGCCAAAAAACGGAAUUAAAAAUGCCGAAUGUUCGACUGAAGGCAUAUGGAACCGAAAACCAAUUUGUUGUCAAGGAUGCGAUGAAAAUUUUCAACUCGACCUAUGGUUCUUGAUUCAAAUCUCUGAUGUACCCACCAUUUCGAAGUUUUUGCAGGAUUUUCUUUCUCAUUUCCCGGUAUCCCAGGAUGGUGUUCGAGUUGGAAUAUACCUGUUCAAUGAUACCGUGUCAUCGUCUGAUAUUGAUUUGCAUUCUCAUGAAAGUCGCAAAGAUGUUAUAAACACAAUCGACCACAUUUCGCUCAAAGGCGAUGGAAUAAACAUAGGAGCAGCUUUAUCAUGGAUGGCGAUAAAUGGUUUUACUAAAGAUUCUGGCGAUCGUCAACAUGUUGAUAACAUGGUUAUACUUAUUCUUCAAGAUCACCCAAAAGACUCAAUUUUUGACGGUGCAAAAAUGUUGAAAUACAAAUCCGAUGUUUUAUCAAUUGGAGUUGGAUAUGACAUAAAUGAUGAUGAUUUAUCUGCAAUGUCUACAGGCUCAGAAAAUUUUUAUCGCUCGACUAGCUCUGAGAAUCUGAUUAGACUCAGUACUCCAUUGCAUAAUAAGAUAUGCGGUGAAAGUUGCAUAUUUCGUCGUUCAUAAAUUAGUAACAGCAAUUAUUUUGAGAUUGGAAGUUGAACGUAAAUAAAAUAAAAUAAAUCUAUAAAGAGCCAUUUGAUUACAGAGUAAAAGUUACAAAACUGAGUUCGUACGUUAAUACCUUUGGCAAUGUCGUUUGGAUAUUUUACAUUUAUGUAAAAAUAUAUUAAAAUGAAUAGAAGUUGUGAUCAAAGUUGGCUCUUCUUUCUUAGAACAAUUCGUUACUUGUUUGAUAUAUUGAUAUUACACGGAGUUUUUUAGGAAGCAGUAGUUUGGGAUAUGUUCUCAUCCGAUGGCGAAUGCCUCUUCGAAGUUCAAUAACGGUUUUAAUGGUUGCGUUCCAUUUUAGAUAGACUGUAUAUUAAAAUUUGUAUUGAACAUUUAUUAUUUGAUUUGACUGGUAUGUAUUUUCAUAUAAUGACGACGAUUUUCAAGUUUUCUGGAAUGACAUAGAAUUAGUCUGUCCCUACAAAUAGCUGUUUAUUCACGAACGGAAAAGUGGGAAAUGUACAACAAUCAUAACGCCCCCAAGCGAGCAAGCUUUCCAAAGGCUCGUGCAUAUGAAUUCACUUCUUCUCAUGGUGAACAGAGACAAAUUACCCCA